CAUUAUUCAAAUUCUUAAAGAAAUUCAUCAGAGACAGAUGGUUCACCGUGAUUUUCAUACAGGAAAUAUGUUAAUUUCAACGAACAAUGUGGAUGAAUUUAAAGUAUUUAUUUCAAACAUGGAAUCAUGUGGAGAAGUUGGGAAUAUUGAUACAAAAGUUUAUAGAACUAUGCAUUACACAGCUCCUGAAGUAUCAAGUGAAAUUCCUUAUACCCAAGCAGCAGAUAUAUAUAGCUUUGGUAUGAUUAUGUAUUUUAUAGUAACUGGAAAUUACCCUCGUGAUAAAAUUAAACCAGAAAUGAAUGAAAAAGAAGCACCAAAAUGUUAUAUUGAUUUAAUGGGGAAGUGUUUGGAUUCAAAUCCGGACAAUAGGCCAAUUGUCAGUGAAAUAGAGGAAUCGAUUAAUUUAUUUAAUUCAUGUUGUGAUAGUAAAUCAGAUUUUAAAGGAGAUGUAGCAAUUAAUAAAGAACAAUAUUAUGAAAUUAAAAAACAAUUCAAAGAAGCAGAAGAGUACAGAAAAGCAAAUCUUUUAUUAAUUAAAGAUAUCCAAUUAACUACUACUGUAAGUGAUGCUAUAAUUCCAUAUAUUCCCUUAAUUCUUGAGGCUUCAAGUUUAAUUACGAAAAUAAUAAAAAAUUAUGAAAAGGCAGAAUGUAACAAAAAAGUCUGCUUUGCUCUAGCAGAACGAGCGGAAAUAACUCGUGUUUCUAUGGAGGUAUUUAAAGAAAAAUUUACUGAGAAUGUUUCACGAAUUCGCGGUCUUGAAAAAUAUGUAAAAACAACUUAUAUUAAAGAAAAUUUUAUAAGUCUUACAGAAAAAUAUGAUAAUGCAAUG